AUGGCAUCAGUCUCAAAAGCCCCUCUGGUCUGGAUAGACUGUGAGAUGACCGGCCUGAACACUGAUAAUGACACUAUCAUGUCUCUUGCCGCAUUUGUCACUGACGCAGACCUCAACAUCCUCGACGAAGCAGGCUAUGAGGCCGUCAUUCAUCAUGAAAAAGAGCAGCUCGACCGUAUGGGCGAGUGGUGUACAAGUCAUCAUGGGCAGUCUGGUCUGACGCAAGCCUGCAUCGACUCUGCCACUACCGCCGAAGAAGCAGCAGAGGGCCUACUUGCCUACAUCAAAAGAUUUGUGCCCGAGCGCCGCACUGCUCUGCUUUCCGGUAGCUCUGUGCAUGCCGACAAGUCUUUCCUCGUCAAGCAGCCCUACAAGGUUGUCACCGACUACCUCCACUACCGGAUCAUGGACGUCAGCAGCAUCAAAGAAGCUGCUCGUAGAUGGGCGCCCAAAGACACACUCAAGAAGAUUCCAAGGAAGAAGAUGUUGCAUGAGGCACGUGCGGAUAUUCUGGAGAGUAUCGAAGAAGCGAGAUACUAUCGCGAGGCGUUCUUUCUGAAGCCAGCGAGCACGAUAGAGUCGUCAAAAGAAUGA